AGAACAACAUCCCCCCCCCCACCCAAGCGCAUUUAGAGGAGGGUUUCAAACUCCAACUCGGAUUUGAACUCUGGUCCCACUCUUCGGUAACCACUCUUCACCCGUCAGACGACACUCGGCUGUGAGAUGGUCGCUCCGCGGGGGACCAGGAGGACUCUCCCGCUGCUCUGCCUCCUCGUGGUCUGCCUGGACCGGACUCUGGCCUGGGACCUAGUCCUGCUGCACACCAACGACGUCCACGCCCGGAUGGAGCCGACGAGCAGCGAAUCGGGGAAGUGCGCCCCCGCCAAGGCUCCAUGCUUCGCCGGGGUAGCGCGGAGGUACUGGCAGGUGAACGAAAUCCGGAACCGCGAGAAGAACGUUCUCCUGCUGGACGCCGGGGACCAGUUCCAGGGGAGCGUCUGGUUCAACUUCUACAAGGGCGCCGAGGCGGCUUUCUUCAUGAACCGUCUGCGGUACGACGCGAUGGCGCUGGGGAACCACGAGUUUGACAACGGCGUGGAGGGUCUGGUGAAGCCCUUUCUGGAGGACGUGCGGUUCCCCGUGCUCAGCGCCAACCUAAACGCCAUCUUGGCGCCGAAGAUAGACGGCCGCUUCGAGCCCUACAAGAUCCUGACGGUGGACGGGCAGGAGGUGGGCAUCGUGGGCUACACCUCCCAGGAGACCCCCUCCCUCUCCCAGCCAGGACCCAACCUGGUGUUCGGGGAGGAGGUGGCCGCGGUCCAGCUGCAGGUAGACAAGCUGCUGACUCUGGGGGUCAACAAGAUCAUCGCCCUGGGUCACUCGGGCUUCACCAAAGACCAGGAGAUCGCCAGGAAGGUCCGCGGGCUGGACGUGGUGAUCGGGGGACACACAAACACCUUCCUGUACACAGGAACCCCCCCGUCCACUGAGGUCCCGGCGGGGGACUAUCCCUUCCUUGUGCAGUCCGACCACGGCGGGACCGUCCCGGUGGUGCAGGCCUACGCCUUCGGGAAGUACCUGGGCCACCUGAAGCUGACCUUCGACCAGGAGGGGAAUGUGAUGGAGGCCAAAGGGAACCCCAUCCUACUGGACAGCAACGUUCCUGAAGAUGCGUCGGUGGCGGCCGAGGUGUUGACCUGGAGGCAGAACCUGACCGUGUACUCGUCCAAGACGGUGGGGAAGACGCUGGUGUUCCUGAACGGGACCUUCGAGGAAUGCCGCUUCCGGGAGUGCAACCUGGGGAACCUCAUCUGUGACGCCAUGAUCCACAACAACAUCAAGUACGCAGACGAGCUCCAGUGGAACCAUGUGGCGGCCUGCAUCCUGAACGGGGGGUCGGUGCGGACCUCCAUCGACGAGAGGAGCGCCGACGGGGACAUCACGGUGGAGGACCUGCUUGCGGUGAUGCCGUUCGGCGGGACCUUUGACCUGGUGCAGCUGAGCGGCGCCACGCUCCUCAGCGCCUUCGAGCACGCCGUGCGGCGCCACGGACAGUCCACCGGGGAGUUCCUGCAGGUGUCCGGGAUCCGGGUGGUGUACGACCUGUCCCGCCCCCCCGGCGCGCGCGUCCGCAGCCUGCGGGUGCUCUGCACCGAGUGCCGGGUGCCGCGCUACGAGCCGGUGGACCGGGGGGCGCUGUACAGGGUGGUGCUGCCCUCCUACCUGGUCGCCGGGGGCGACGGCUUCUCCAUGAUCCGAGACGAGAACGUCAAGCACGACUCGGGGGACUUGGACAUCUCGGUGUUGGUCAACUACAUCAGCGAGCGGCAGAAGGUCCACCCCAGCCUGGAGGACCGGAUCUCCUUCUACAAGAGCUCUGGGGGCCGGGCCACGGGGCCCGCCACACCGCUGCUGGUCGUCCUGCUGGGCCUGGUCUGGGCCCUCUACGGGGGUCUCUAGGGGCCCGCCUGGGCUGGGCCCUCUACGGGGGUCUCUAGGGGCCCGCCUGGGCUGGGCCCUCUACGGGGGUCUCUAGGGGCCGCAGGUCUGGGCCCUCCACUGGUGACCUGGUUUGCCCACAGUCCCUCUCUUUUUUGUACAAGACGCGAUGACUUUUGGAGGAGCUCUUUGGUUAUUUUAGCCACCACCACUCCGGGUGGGACCAACAUGCUUUUAAAGGUUUUUAAAGUAUUAUUACAUUUUAUUUCCUACAGGAGUGCACGACUACACAAAGUCAUUAAGACACAGACAGAGGAGCUAGCAGUUAGCUAGAGGAGCUAGCACUUUGACCUAGUCAAUCUAAAAAAAAAUAAUAUAUAUAUAUAUAUAUAUAUAUAUAUAUAUAUUAGAAUCAGAUUUUAAUAAAUGAUUUAAUCUAAUACAUAUGAAGUCAACAGAGGCGAAACAAAAUUGAGUUUGGCCUCUGAGAAGGAAGGAUUGGACACAGCGUUUACACCCGGUGAAAAGGGUCUGCUUAUCCAUCACCCAAGACCAGGACGAGGACCGGGACCGGGACCAGGACCAGGACCGGGAUCAGGACCUGGCACUGGGAUCAGGACCUGGACCUGGGAUCAGGACCUGGACCUGGGUCAGGACCUGGACCGGGAUCAGGACCUGGACCGGUAUCAAGACCUGGACCUGGACCGGGAUCAGGACCAGGACUGGGAUCAGGACCUGGACAUAGAUCAGGAUCAGGCACAUUGCCAGGCCAUGACUGUAUUCAGAACCAGCUGACAGACCGGGUCUCAUUCAGGGUCCAUGACCGGCUCCACAUCAAGUAGCUCACUGGUCAGCAUUGUAGUUGUUUUGAUAACCGGUAUAAAGGGACACCUCGUUGGACAGGUUUCAGAGGAACUGAGUGAGGUCUGAGUGAGACCAGGACCUUUGGUCGGAGUUGGACCAGAGGUUCUGGUCGGAGUUAGUUCAGAGGCUCUGGUCUGAGUUAGUUCAGAGGCUCUGGUCUGAGUUAGUUCAGAGGCUCUGGUCUGAGUUAGUUCAGAGGCUCUGGUCUGAGUUAGUUCAGAGGCUCUGGUCCGAGUUAGUUCAGAGGUUCUGGUCUGAGUUAGUUCAGAGGCUCUGGUCUGAGUUGGACCAGAGGUUCUGGUCUGAUUGGACCGAGAUCAGACUGCACUGAGAACAUUCAGCAGCAGAAAGGGAAUAAUAAAUCUUUGGUGGACAUCUGCUCACCAAAGAUUUUCAGUUUUUUCCUUUUUUUAAGUUAGUUUUGUGUUUUGUAUGAAGCUGGUUGUAAUUACAUUUUUAUUUGUUGUCCGUUUUGAAAUGUAAAGAAAUAAUUUGAGAGUAAAGAAAUAUUUUCUAGCCCUUUAUCACCUCUUAAUUAAUUAUGGUCCAAUUAACUAAUUGGACCAUAAUUCCGACUUGACGACCGUCUUAACGUUGUCUUCAGGGUCUAAUUAGUUAAAGACGCUGAAGAAAAAGUGAAGACGUGCCUUAGGCUGAACGGUUUCCAGCCGUAGACGAAUCUGCCAUGAUUUCCCAGAACUAAUAAUAAACAUCUGCCAUGUACACAA